UUAGUAUAUAGUGACGGAGCGUUACCGGAAGUAUACGUUCUAUCCUCCUUGCUUCACUGUUCUGAUGACUGCUGAGAGUAUGGGUCUCUAGUCCUCUUCUACUUCCGGAGGCGCCAUCAAGAGACACACAGACAGACAUGCCGACCGGCGACUAUGAUGCAAAGCCCAGCUGGGCUGAUCAGGUGGAGGAAGAGGGAGAAGAUGUGGAACCAUUAAGUCCAGCAGCCGUUCCCGUCCCCGUUCCCAUUCCCAAAGUUGAUCAUUCAAAUAUUGUCUUGGACACCCCCCGGGAAGUUAUCAAUGGAAACAUCAAAACCGUGACAGAAUACAAGUUGGAUGAAAACGACAAGAAGAUAAAGAUUAUUCGCACAUUUAAAGUUGAAACCGUCAAAGCUUCUAAAGUUGUUGCUCGAAGAAAGAAUUGGAAGAAGAUUGGCAAUUCUGAAUUUGAUCCUCCUGGCCCUAAUGUGGCCACCACCACAGUCAGUGAUGAUGUGCUUAUGACGUUCAUCACCAACAAGGAGGAUCUGAAUAGCCAGGAAGAGGAGGAUCCUAUGAAUAAGUUAAAGGGUCAGAAGAUUGUAUCUUGCAGAAUCUGUAAGGGUGACCACUGGACCACAAGAUGCCCUUACAAAGACACUCUAGGGCCUAUGCAGAAAGAGCUGGCUGAACAGCUUGGCUUGUCCACAGGGGACAAAGAGAAAGCACCUGGAACAGGUGAGCCUGAACCAGCACAAGCUCCUGUAAGCAAGACUGGGAAAUAUGUUCCUCCCAGUCUAAGGGAUGGAGGAAGUCGAAGGGGAGAGUCCAUGCAGCCUAACAGAAGAGCUGAUGACAAUGCUACUAUUCGUGUCACCAAUUUGUCUGAGGACACCAGAGAAACAGAUCUUCAGGAACUUUUCAGACCAUUUGGAUCUAUUUCCCGUAUUUAUCUGGCAAAAGACAAAACUACUGGCCAGUCAAAGGGUUUUGCUUUCAUCAGCUUCCACCGUAGAGAGGAUGCAGCUCGUGCCAUUGCUGGUGUAUCUGGCUUUGGUUAUGAUCAUUUAAUUCUCAACGUGGAAUGGGCCAAACCCUCAACAAACUGAGAUGGGAGAUCCUGCUUUUUUGCGGAAGAAGAAAAUUAUUUCUGAUCUGCACUUAAAUAACUCAUGCCUAAUAAAAGCUUUGAAGGGAA